GUUGCUACGAUUUGUUUGAAAAUUAGUUGAAAAGUUUCAUAAAUGGUGAAUAAAUACUAGAAAUUCGACCUUGGAGUGCCUCUAAUUACGUGAAAUUGGAAUUUCUCUUAAUUUUAACGGCAGAAAAGUGUCCGUAGCGUCGCAGUUUUGUAAAAAUUUCAGUAAUACAAGCAUUUAUUGAAUCUCUUUACACAGUGACCAUACGCAACAUUUGCAUUGGUCGAUUAUGCAAUGCGUGUGACUUCUUAUUGGACAUUUCUAGACGCGGUAUAUGACAGUUAAGAUGUCUAGUGAAGGUGAUUCUUCUAAAAAUCUCUCUUCAGAGUCUAACGAGAAGAAUGAGGCUGAAAAUACCGAUUCUUCUCAAGACGCAAAAGACGCCAAGCCUGACGCAGCAACUGCAAACAGCGUUGAGAAGAAAGAGGAGGACUCAAAGCCCAAGGAAGCCCUAAAUGACGUUUCCGAUGAGUCCGAUAAAAAGCCUGAAACCGAUAAAGCGGCAACAGAAAAAGUAGAAAACGCUAAAAACGAUGUGAAGCCUACUGAUAAAAAAGAAGAGAAAACUAAAGCUAAAGCAAAGGAUGAGGAGGAAAAUAGCGAGCAGGAGGAUGAAAAGAGUGAGGACGGUGAUGAGGAUGAAAAAGACGUGCCAUUACUUGACCAACCUCUUGAAAAAUCUGGGAAAAGGGAACGUAAAAAUGUACAGCGUUUUAACGAGGAAUUUCCAUCAGAAACAAAAGAAGCUGUAAAGAUUGAGAUACCCAAUGGGUCUGGUACUUCUCUGGGUGCGAUACCGCGGAUUGACGCGUCAAUUUCCCGUUUUAAAAACGAGGAUAUGAGACUUCUCCACAAAAUUCUCUUCAAAUUGCAAGGAAAAAGUACAAUGAUUAAGAAGAACAUCAAAAAAUUCAAUGGCUUUGAGUUUAAAAAAGAUUCAGAGGAAUAUUCCAAAAAGGUGGCAUCUAUGACAAAAUGCGAUGUAAAGCAACUUAAAAGCAUUUGUGAAAUGCUUGACCUUCAGAAAACAGGGACUAAAGAUGAUAUUAUUGAGAGGAUACUUGAUUUUCUAUUAGAACCUAAAGAUUCUGGUAAACCCGUUGGAGGAGGAAGACCUAAAAGAACUGCAGCUGUAAGAGCAAACAACAGAGGAUAUUCAUCUCAUGAUAACUAUUCGAGUGAUGAGAGGCAUAGCGGAAGGUCAGGACGAGAUAAAGGUAGAAGAUCUAAUCUGAAGGAUGAUAGUUCUAGUGCCAGCGAUGAAGACUUUGAACCCUCUGAUGAAGGCAGCGAUGAAAAACCAAGCGUUAAAAAACGCAAACGUGUUGAUCGCAAAAAGGUUGAUUCUGAGGAUGAAGAGAGCGAUAUGGAAAGUGCUAGUUCAGAUGAAGAUAGCGACUUCCAGGAGGAGCCUAAGACUAAACGGAGGAAGACUGCAAAGGCUAACAAUAAAAAUAAAGGCAAAGGUACUGGAAAACGGGGGAGACCAGCCACAAAAAAAUCAGGUAAAGCGGGAAAGAAAAAGAACAAAGAAAGUUCUGAAGAGGAAGAAGAAGAGGAAGAAGAGAGCGAGCAAAAGGAAGCAAGCAGUUCUUCUGAAGAUGAGCCUUUAGUCAAAAAAGCAGCAAAGAGCGCUCAACCUCCCACUGAUGAUGAGAUAAAAAGCUACGUGAAAGAAAUUUUAGAAGGCGCUAACUUGGAACAGAUUACAAUGAAGACAGUUUGUCAACAAGUUUAUGCACACUAUCCUGACUUUGAUCUCGCACACAAAAAGGAUUUCAUAAAGUCUACUGUAAAAUCUCUUAUAUCAACGUGAACUUGUUGAAGCGUUUUAGAAUUAAAGUUUGUAUAAUAAAACCAACCUUCAAUGUGUAUGUCCGAGUACAAAGUUUGUAUUUCGUUCUUUUCAUGUUUUACACUUGGCAUUUCAUCAGAUAAUAUUUUUGGCAAACUAAUUAUUAAGUAAGUUAGUUUUAACGUAUCCGGGAUAAAGUGUUUGUAAAUGAGUUCUGACGGUAUAAAGAGAGUUUCGAUCAGAAUUUGUUUUAAAGAUUAUAUUAUUGUAUAUUCCACAUGCAUUAAAAUAUAGUAUUUAUGUGUUUGAUAGUUAUGAUUAUCUUUGAGAUCUUAAUGCUAGUUUUUAUUAUAGGUAAACAUUUUUUGUUGGAGAGAAGUAAAUAAAAUUUGUUAAUUAUC